AUCUCUUACAUCAACAUAAAAAAAAAUUGUAACAAAAUAAUCUAACCAAAUGGGAAACUGUGUGAGAAAAGAUUCCGGCAACCAAUGGGAAUCUCCGGUAUCAUCACCGGAGAAACCUAAACUUUCCCAAAAGAGUCGAAGGAGAUCCGUGGCGGCAAACGAAGAUUCGGGUGACCGGUUUUGUUCAUCGGAUGUUAAAAAGCCGACGACUGAGGUGAAGAUUAAGAUAACAAAGAAACAAUUGGAGGAGUUGUUGGGUAUGAAGGAGAUGCAUGGGUUGACGUUAGAACAAGUGUUGGCUCGCUUGAUGAACGGUGGUGAUCGAGUGUUUGAGUCGAAUCAACGGUCGUGGAGACCGGCGCUUCCGAGUAUACCUGAGUGAUCAUCUACUGAUCUACAUGAUAUAUGAUUAGUGGUUAGCAAAUUGAUAGAGGUUUAGUUGUUAUUUUUGUUACACAUAUGUAUUCUUUUGUAAAUAUAAUCUUGAAUUCAAGGUUUUUCAAUAAAUAUGUUUAUUAUAGGUUUUAGCUUUA